AUGACAUUUGUAUCAUUUAUAGAUAGUACUGAUUAUAUUUUGAAUUUGUCCGAAAAUAUAGAUUACAAACAGCAAAUUUUUUUCGAAAUUUCCUACUUGGCGGCAAUUAUCAUUUUGACCAUCAUAAUCGCAAUAUCAGGAGAUAUAAUUGAAAAUUCCGGUUACAAAAUAAUCAAACUCCUACAUAUUUUGCAACUAAAUAUUGAAGACGAAUUUCUGAAGCAGCAAUUAAGUGAAUUUUCCGCUCUGGUAGUAGAACUUAGACCAACCUUAUCAGUUUCUGGAAAUUGGGAUAACAAAAAUAUAGUAAACGUAUUUGCUGCGUGUUAUCUGACAAUAGUAAUGAUACAAUUGUCAGCUAUAGUUGGAUUUUUAUUAGAAAUGUCUUUAGUUCUAAAAAACAGAGUCGAAAUAUUUUGUGAAUUAAUCCAAACAUUGUGUAGAAAUCCAUAUCAAACAGAUAUUGAAAAGGGUUAUCCUUUCGAAUCAGGAAAACAGUCGGCCAAAGUAGUUAUGGUUGAACCAAAAGACCCCAAAAUGAACAACGGAAUUCAGAAAAUAUAUAAAGACAAAUACCCAGAAUUAGAGCAAAUAGAAGAUGACUUCGAAAUCCUAGAAGAGACGAUAAAACUAAGAUCCAAAAGACACGUACAAAAAAAUAGUAAAAUUAUAAGAAUAGUACCUAAUGAUAAGGAAGACGACCUGUGGGCCUACUUGUCUAAGGUCAAAGAGGAGGUUGAAGAAAACGAGACCAUAGCUAUCCACGCGAUUAGCUCUAUGUCCCAGACUGGCCUGCAGAAGAUGGCAGCAGCAAUAUUUCACGACAGCAAUAACUUUGUGACCGUGUAUGUGCCUUAUGAUAAGACAAACAAAAAAGAGCAAAAAGAAAGAACUUCGAUAGGAUUCGUGGUUAGCGAUAAAGAAAACAUAAAGAUAUUCUUGACCAGUGCAAAGAGAUAA